AUGGUACUGCGAUUGUUUGUUCCGCCUGGAGAGGGCCAGCACCAUAUCGUCCCGAAGAGACCGGAUCCUCUAGGCGCGAACGCGACGCUCCAGUACGCAGUCGUUUCCUCAUCCGGGGCCGCCGCGGGUUACGCGUCCUACGCUGCGCGGUACAAGCGACGAGUCACGCCGAACAAGAAGGUCUCGAGCACAGCGCUGUUCAUAAGGGCGUCGGGGAGAUUGGGGAUAUGGGCCAUUGCAGUCGGUGCUGCUGUCAAUGCGUAUUAUCAUAGAAGCUUCACGACUGUUGUAGUCUCGGAGCUGGUGAAGGACCCUAUACCGCCUAAGCUGUAUGAGAAGACGGAGAAUUAUACCGUAGAAGAUGGUUGUCUGGCCGGUGCAGCAGUCGGCUUCGUUGCCUUUCUUCCCACACUGUUCAUGCGGAGACCCACCGUUUCGUGGUGGACGCGUAUGAUAGGCAUGGCCAACAUCGGCGCAUGCACAGGCGUCCUAGCAUCCCACGCAUACUUCCAGUAUACCGGCGAACGACCAAAGGCCAUGGAAGAGCUGGAGCGGCAACGGCGAAGACGCAUGCUCGAAUUCCACCACAUCUUCUGGGACAAGAUGCUCAUGCAACAAUUCGAUCCCCUCAUGCAAGGCUACAUCCGCCACAACGGCGUCUUCCGCGCAUACAACCUCCCCGCCGAAGUCUUCGACGCACCCGAGAGAUUCGGCAUCCUCUCCGCCCCCGCAACGGAUACCAGCGCUGCCGCGGACGCCGCCGCAGCGGAGAACGCAGCAUACUACAUCGCAGCUCCGGACUGGACCCAGCACCUCAAAGCAAUGGACAAAGACUCCAUAGAAGCCGAGAUCAACGACUGUGGACGAGAAAGGCAAGCCCUACUCAAAGAAGCAGAGUACAUGGCAUAUCAACUCUCCCAGAAACAGUACGCCUUCGUGCACUCAACGCAUCCCAACGAAGACGACAAGCAGACCCGCAUUCGCGAAUUGCAGCUCUUGGCUAUCGCAUACAAUCGCCUCCGCGCCAACGCAGACGAGGCAGAGCGCCGCAUGUUCGCCGGCCAGCACUGGCUCCAGCAAAAAGCGGCCAUGGAAUCUCAAUCUCCGCGGGAGGCCUGGCUCGCUGCUCAUCCUUCCAUUGCCAAGCCGGAGACGCACGAUCCUAGUGCUAGUAUCGCGGAGUUGAAGAAGUUAGAAGAGCAGUUCAAGAACGAGGUGAAGGUGUUUGAGAGCAGAGUGCGGAGUCAGGCGCAGGAGGACGUGGAGAAGAGGGAUAAGUGGAUCAAGGAUUUGGAGGAUGCGAGGACGAUGUUGAGGGCGGUGGACUGUAUUUGUUGGGAACUGGAGAAGAAGGUGCCGAAGAAGGAGAUGGAGGAGAGGGUAGAGGUUAAGGCGGUAGAAACUGCGAAGAAAGAGGAGAAGGUGGAGGAGCCGCCAAGAGUGGAAGAACCACCGCCCGGUACGGAGGAACCGAAGACAGCAGAGGAGCCACCUGAGGGCUGA